AUGAAUAGUGAGCAGUUGCAAGAUUGGCUCACUGAUUUAAACGAACGAUGGAAAAAUAGUAUAGAAAAGCGAGCACUGAAAGAUGUGGAAUAUGAACGAAUACAGUUAACUCGUGAAACCUGCAAAACUCAGUAUUUAAUCAACUAUCUCAGUUGUAAUUACACUGAUGUUGACUUGGUUCAACCAGUUGUAGCACAACUUCUGGCAUGUUAUUAUCGUGGAGGUAUAUUACGUUAUUUCGUAUUGCAAUGCAUUCCAUCAUUAAUUCAUAUCUAUCUUUUGGCACUAGCUAAGCGUCAAAAGAAAUCAGUUUCCAUAUUUGAAACGUUCUUUCUCGCUAUGUUUAAUGAAGAAAUACUUGCUGGUGGUAUUCUAUCUGAAUCAGUAACAAAAAAAGUAGAGGAAGUCCGAAUACCAUCCAUACGUUUUCCGAGUGUAUACCAUGAUCCAAAAAAGCUCAGCCUUGCUUCAGAUAUUGCCUUAAAAUCCGGAGCACCUGCAUUUGUACAAGCAACAAAAACUGUACGGAUUGGUCCUUACAAGUCGGUAGAUAGGAUUUUUCCGCAGAAUAGACAAACAGUAUUGACUCGUCUAUUAAAAUCCGUGAACGGGUGUCUCUGUAGGUUAUCGCGUGAUGUGAUAUGUCAGGGUAUAUGUUUGAGCACUAUAGCUCUUUGUCAAAGUGGAUUUUCUUUUCGCGAGACUGCUUUAGUGUCACGAGUUUUUGGCAGCAGUUUUCAUCAUAAAGAAUUUGAUGACUUUUCAAAAAAACCAAGAUUACGAAUCUCGUCUCAAUAUCUGUUAGAAUCUUUGAAUGGUUUAUACUUUGCAUUAUUCAAUGGUACGCCAGAAUUAGCUGUUCAGGCUGUAGACGCUGUACAUCAAAGAGCUUUGUAUGAAUUCUAUGCAGAUGUCAUUUUGGUAACGAAUAGUAUUAGUGAGACCCUGCUUGAAAGUAACUUUCAUAAAAAUGAAGAACUGACAGCCCAGUGGGUGCGUCCUGGAAAAUUGGAUAAUCAUAAACGAAAUGAAGUCGUAACAAAUGCUUCCUUGCGACUAAAGAAAAUGCCCGAGGACAUCUCACCUGUUAUAGAUGAUAAUAUAAAAGGAUUUAAUUUCUCUGACAGUGUUGAAAAUUUCAAGAAGAAGAUUGCCGUGAAAGUAGAACAGCGUAAAUUAAAGCGCCAACUCGGACAUUAUAGAAGAUCAGAGAAUAGUGAUGGAAAUGCAGGUGAUAUCGAAUUGGGCCCAAUCAAUGAAGAAUCAGUUACAAAUGCAGCACCGAAUUCUCCAAUUUUUCCUGCUACUGAUGAAGCUACAUGCCAGGAUUCGCCGCAGCAUCAUUCCAUAUCAAAUGGUUUGGCAAAUUCUGAUAAUGUAUCGGUUUCGUUUCGUCAAGAUCAGGUUAAUGAAGCAUCAUCAAGACCAAAGAAUGAAUUAACCGACUUUUCGGUCCCGCCGGAUGGUAAUUUAUCUGAAGUAGUCAAAACAGCAUCUAUAGAGGAUGGUGUACACGACUUGACAAAAUGGCAUGGCAAUAUUCAACAUAUCGAUAGUGCAACUGAUGCUUUUGAAGACGCUUCAUCAUAA